GCUUCAUGGGAUAUUUUUCGCGUAACAUUCGAUUCUCUUUUAACUAUUCCACCCAAAAUUUUAACUAUUCAGUGUAAAAUCGUUUGCAUAAUCACGCAGAGGCUGGCGGUUUUUAAUUAUCCUAAAAAUUGCUGCAACAUUGUGUGAAAUUCGCCAUCCAAAUUAGCCGCCAUGCCGUUCAUGAAGGGAAAGGCUCCGGUUCGCCGAUCGAUUCAAUAUCUUAGUGCCGGCCGGUUAGCACUCAAGCAGAAGAUCAAGGUCUUCAGCGUAAACUACAAUACCUACGGAGAUCAUCAUGAGGGAGCGAGGGAUUUCGUAUUUUGGACCAUUCCCCAGAUACAGUACAAAAACCCGGGCGUUCAGGUUGUAACAUUCAAGAACAUGACACCUUCUCCGUUCAUCAAGUGUUAUUACGAGGAUGGCAAACAAAUUCUGAUCGACGUUGAUAGUAAAAACCGGAAUGAAAUCAUGCAACAUUUGUUGAAGGUCGUGGGGAAAUCAUCAGAAACCCUGGCAGCGGAAGCCAAGCUCGCCGAGAAGCAAGACAAUCCGGCCAACUUUGGCGUAGGUUGCGCAAAGCACUGCAUCUGCGAAGUUCCCGGUCAGCUGCCCUGCCCCGGAGUGGUUCCAGUGCCGAAACACAUGCGAGGAAAGUACAUCUACCAGAUGAAGGAAUAAGCAGGGACUUUCUUUUCUACCAGUUCUCGGUCGGAAGACCCUCCGGUACGUGCAGUUACAUAGUUUAGUUCGUUGCCUAAGUGUAUUAUAAAUAUCAGAAUAAAAAACAUCCUACCUAGCAAAUGACCGAA